AGCAGCAGGUCCAGAACAAACAAGUCGAGCACUGGCUCAACAGGCUCAGAGAUGUAGUUUUUGAUGCAGAUGACUUGCUGAGCGAGUUCUCCACUCAUGUGCUUCAGCGUAAGGUGAUGGGUGGUGAUAAAAUGGCAAAGAAGUGCGUCCUUUAAAGACACAGGAUGUGACUAGGGGGAGGGACACUUACUCAAUUGUACGUGAAGAAGUUAUCGGGAGAGAGGAGGAUAAGAAGGCCGUCAUAGGUCUAUUGCAAGACUCUGCUGUGAAAGAGAAUGUUUCGUUCAUAUCCAUAGUAGGAAUUGGUGGGCUAGGGAAAACCACACUUGCUCAAUAUGUAUACAAUGAUGAGAUUGUCAAUGCUCAUUUUGAAUUGAAAAUUUGGGUGUGUGUUUCGGAUGUCUUUGACGUGAAUACCAUUGUUGAAAAUAUAAUUAUAUCCGCAAGUGGUAAAAAACCUGAAAGCUGUAUAAUUGAACAUUUGGCAAAUGAACUUAACAAAAUUCUCAAUCAAAAGAUGUAUUUACUUGUGUUGGAUGAUGUGUGGAAUGAAAAUGAAGAAGAAUGGGAGAAAUUGAAAACUCUUUUGUUGGAUGGUAAAAGGGGAAGCAAGGUGGUGAUAACUACACGGAUUGAAUUGGUUGCAAAUAUUACCAGCCCAAUCUCACAAGGAUAUCCUCUAAAGGGCCUGUCAGAUGAUCAAUCUUGGGCUUUGUUGAAGCGAAUGGCAUUUAAAGAAGAGCAAGAGACCAUUAGUACUAACUUUAAAGCAAUUGGUAUGGAUAUGGUAAAAAAAUGUAAGGGAGUGCCUCUUGCUAUAAAGACAAUAGGACGGGUCUUAAGUAAAAAAAAAACAGAAGCUGAAUGGUCAGACAUCAAGAAUAUUGAACUCACUAAUGUAACUGAGUUGAAAGAUGGUAUCAUGCCAGUUUUAAAAUUGAGUUACGAUUAUCUCCCACCAUAUUUGAAAUGUUGUUUCGCAUAUUGUUCAUUGUUUCCCAAAGAUUAUUUGAUUAAUAAGUUGACAUUGAUACAAUUAUGGAUAGCACAAGGAUUUAUCCAAUCACCAGAUGAGAAUUUACUACUAGUGGAUGUUGCCGAUGAUUACUUCAAGGAGCUACUUUGGAGAUCCUUCUUCCAAGAAGUAGAAAAAGAUGAAGGCAUGACUGGGGGGUUUAAAAUGCAUGAUUUAAUGCAUGAUCUUGCACAAUAUGUAUCAAGGAUUGAUUGUACAUUGGUUGAUUCCAAUGCAAAAAAAGUGAAUGAAAAAAGACGUCAUCUAUCGUUUCCAUUUUACAAUGUUUCAUUCUUUGAGGAGAAUUUAAGCACAUUGGUUAGAGCGAACAAGAUACGAACAUUUAUAUUGGCAUACAAUAAUUGGAACUAUUAUCAGGGAACAAUUGAAGAAUCAACUCUCAAAAAACUUAUUUCUAGUUUUAGAUAUUUGCGUGCAUUAGACCUACAUGGUUUAAAUAUGAAGAUGUUGCCAAAUACCAUAGAUACUUUGAUGCAUCUAAAGUACCUUGACCUUUCCUCUAAUGAUAUUGAGGUUCUCCCUAGUUCUAUUACAAAAUUGGUGAAUUUGCAAACAUUAAAGCUCUGCUUGUGUAAAAAGCUUAGGAAGUUACCGGUAGAUAUUCAAAAAUUGGUCAGCCUUAAGCAUCUUGACUUAGAAGAUUGUGAGAAUUUGACUCAUAUGCCACAUGGAUUAGGGCAAUUGACUUCUCUUCAAACAUUAAACUUAUUUGUUUUGAGUGAGGGUCCUGUAGGUUCUUCCAAGCAUUGCGGUGGGCUAGCGGAAUUAAGCUUAUUUGUUUUGAGUGAGGGUCCUGUAGGUUCUUCCAAGCAUUGCGGUGGGCUAGCAGAAUUAAACAAGCUAAAUGACUUGAGAGGAAAAUUAGAGAUUAAAAAUUUGCCACAAUUGAAAGAUGCCACCCCAGAAUACAAGGCUGCAAAUUUGAAGGACAAGCAACGUCUCAGUAAGUUGAUAUUAAGGUGGAAUCCAGAGGGCGAUGAUGGUGUAGAUGCCAUGGAUAGCCUCCAACCACACAAGCAUUUAAAAUAUUUGGAAGUGGACAGCUACAUGGGCGUGAGAGUUUCAAGUUGGCUUUCAGUCUUAACAAAUCUUGUUGAAUUAAGAAUAGGCCAUUGUAAGAAGUGUCAAUAUUUGCCACCAUUGUAUCAGCUCUCAUCUCUACGAGAACUAGCUAUUGUGGGAAUGGAUGGUUUGGAGUACAUGGCAGACGGGGAUAUGAAUGAUGAGAUAUCUGCUUCACUGGCAUCACCAUCAACAUUUUUCCCAUCCCUUGAGGAUCUCUGGCUCUUUGGUUGCGGAAAUCUAAAGGGAUGGUGGAGGAGUGUGGAUAAGGGGAAUGAGGCAACAACGACAUCAACAAUAUCAUCAUCAUCAUCAACUAAUCACUAUCACCAACACAUGCCGUACUUUCCGCGUCUUUCUUUUUUAUCGUUGGAUUAUUGCCCUAAGAUGACUUGGAUGCCGCUAUUUCCAAAUCUUGAAAAAAAGCUUUGGUUGACUAAUAGUAGUUUGAAGCCGUUGGAAGAGACAAUAGAGAUGAAUAAUAGGGGAGGAAGGGCUUCUUCAUUUCCGUCCUCUUCCUCCUCCUUCUCCCCUCCUCUCUCCAAAUUAAAGGAACUUUAUUUGGAACAGAUUCCAGAGGAGUUGGAGUCUCUGCCAGAGGAGUGGUUUAAAAACCUAACUUCUCUUGAGACAUUACACAUUUGGGAGUGUCCCAAUCUGACGUCACUUCCCGAAGGGGUGAGUCACCUCACCUCUUUACAGAGGUUGGAAAUUCAGUGCUGUCCCCAAUUAAAGCAAAGAUGCGAGAAGGAAAAUGGAGAGGAUUGGGAUAAGAUUUCUCACAUCCCAAAUCUUUACAUAUAUUGAACUACUGCAUACGCUUCCCUG